CGUCAUUUUACACGGGGGGGUGGGGGAACCAUUCAUCUGCUCAGACAGUGGGAGUGGAUUCACUGGGUCAUCUCAACUGAAGGUAUUUCAGCAAGUUCACACUGGACAAGGCCAUUCACCUGUUCUGUGUGUGAGAAGGGAUUCAGUCGGUCUUCCCACCUGUGGACACAGCAGUCAGUUCACACUGGACAGAGGUUGGUCAUCUGCUGAAUUUGUGGGGAAGGACUCACUCAGUCAUCUGACCUAAUGGCUCACCAGCGAGUUCACACCGGAGAGCGCCCAUUCACCUGCUCUGACUGUGGGAAGGUAUUCAUUCAGUCAUGUAAAUUGAAGGUACAUCAGAGAGUUCACACUGGAGAGAGGCCAUUCACCUGCUCAGAUUGUGGGAAGGGAUUCACUUGCUCAUCCCAACUGAAGGUACACCAGUCAGUUCACACUGGGGAGAGGCCGUUCACAUGCUCAGACUGUGGGAAGGGAUUCACUUUGUCAUCUCAGUUACUGAGACACCAGUCAGUUCACACCGGAGCGUGGCCAUUCACCUGCUCAGACUGUGGGAAGGGAUUCACUUUGUCAUCUCAGUUACUGAGACACCAGUCAGUUCACACCGGUGAGUGGCCAUUCACUUGCUCAGACUGUGGGAAGGGAUUCACUGAAUCAUCUCAACUGAAGGUACAUCAGCGAGUUCACACCGGAGAGAGGCCGUUUACCUGCUCAGACUGUGGGAAGGGGUUCACUUGCUCAUCUAAGCUGAAGGUACAUCAGCGAGUUCACACUGGAGAGAGGCCGUUCACCUGCUCAGACUGUGGGAAGGGAUUCACUCAGUUAGCUAACCUACAAGCACACCAGUCAGUUCACACUGGGGAGAGGCCGUUCACCUGCUCAGACUGUGAGAAGGGAUUCACUUCGUCAUCUCAACUGAAGGUGCAUCAGCGAGUUCACAAUGGGGAGAGGCCAUUCACCUGCUCAGACUGUGGUAAGGGAUUCACACAGAUAGCUAGCCUGCAAGCACACCAGUCAGUUCACACUGGGGAGAGGCCAUUCACCUGCUCAGACUGUGGGAAGGGAUUCACUCGGUCAUCUCAACUGAAGGUACAUCAGCGAGUUCACACUGGAGAGAAGCCUUUUACCUGCUCAGACUGUGGGAAGGGAUUCACUUCAUCUUCUCAACUGAAGAUACAUCAGAGAGUUCACACUGGCGAGAGGCCAUUCACCUGCUCAGUGUGUGGGAAGGGAUUCACACAGUCAUCUCAACUGCAGAGACACAAGCGAGUUCACACUGGGGAGAGGCCAUUCACCUGCUCAGACUGUGGGAAGGGAUUCACUCGGUCAUCCGAACUACUGGCACACCAGUCAGUUCAUACUGGGGAGAGACCAUUCACUUGCUCAGAAUGUGGGAAGGGAUUCACUUGUUCAUCCCAACUACUGGCACACCAGCGAGUUCACACUGGGGAGUGGCCAUUCACCUGUUCAUACUGUGGGAAGGGAUUCACUCGGUCAUCUAAGCUGAAGGUACAUCAGAGAGUUCAUACUGGGGAGAGGCCGUUCACCUGCUCUGACUGUGGGAAAGGAUUCAAUCAGUCAUCCCACCUACAGAGACACCAGCGAGUUCACACUGGGGAGAAGCCAUUCACCUGCUCAGUGUGUGGGAAGGGAUUCAUUCAGUCAUGUCAACUACAGAGACACCAGCGAGUUCACACUGAGUAGAGGCCAAUCUCCUGCUCAGACUUUGAGAAGAAUUUCACUCAGCCAAAUCAAACAAAUGUGCAUCAUUGAGUUCACACUGGGGAGAGUGUGAUGGUGAGUGUGAAUUCACAUUGCUGUGAAUGUGGGAAGCGAUUCACUCAGUCAUCUAUCCUUAUGUAACUAGCUUCAGCUAGAAGUUUAAUAUAGGGGGUAAUAGCCCCCCAGCCAGGCCAAACUUAAGAAAUCUCAUUUGGGUGGAUGCUGCGUGAUGUGUCCCCUGUUACAAAUCAGUACCCCGAAGUAACAAACAGUACACAAUAUGUGAUUAAACGAUUGAGCUUUAUAAUUUAAAAAUGCAAACGCGAGGAAAUCUGCAGAUGUUGGAAAUUCAAGCAACACACACAAAAUGCUGGUGGAACACAGCAGGCCAGGCAGCAUCUAUAGGAAGAAAUACAGUCGACGUUUCAAGCCGAGAUCCUUCGUCAGGACUAACUGAAAGAAGAGAUGGUUCUGGAAUAGAGUCAGAACAGCUUUGAUCCGUUCACAAAUUUAAUGGUAAGUGCUAAGGGACAUUAAUUCUAUCUCUGAUCCACUACACAGUGAAUGACAAUAAAUGGAUCAAUUAGAGUGAGUCGAUUACUUGGCCCUUGGAGUUCUGCGUAGAUUGUGUUCCAUGUAAGACAUUAUUUGUUAUGUAGAACAAACCUGCAGUGGCCGGGAAUCAAACUGGGGUCAGCUGAUUGGAAGGCAGCUAUUUUUACCACUAUACCAUUAUCGCUCUAUAAUGUUGCUGGAGAUUUGAGUAGUGGAGAGGGAAAGCAGGCACACGAAAAUGUUCAGAGUUUCAAAGGCUUGUCAUGUGAAGGGUGUUUGAUGGUUCUGGAUACUUACUAGAAUUCAGAAGAAUCAGGGAUGACCUCAUGGAGAGUUAUCGAAUGUUAAAGGCCUUGAUAGAGUGGAUGUGGAGAGAAUGUUUCUGAUGGUAGGGAUGUCACAGACCAGAGAACGCAGCCUCAAUGGAUCAAUGUCCUUUUAGAACGGGGAUGAGGAGAAAAUUAUAUAGUCGUGAAAUGGUGACUAUAUGUAGUACCCUGCCGCAAGUACUUGUAGAGACCACACCAUUGGAUAUAUUUAAGGCAGAGCUUGAUAGGGUCUUCAUUACUCAGUGCAUGAAGGGAUGUGGGGGGAAGGCAGGUGAUUAACGCUGAGAGGGAUGAUGGACCAACCAUGAUAAAAUGGCAGAGCAGACCUGAUGAGCCAAAUGCCUAGUUUUUCUCCUAUAUCUUAUGGUUUCAUAAGAUGUUUGUAAAACCACUUCACCCUGUUCUGUUGGCAAAAUAAUUUCAUUGAUCUUUUUGAAUUUCUUCUUCCACUUAAGAAAAUUAGAUAUUAAUUUAGUUUUCCAUCAAAUACUGAAACAUGCUUUGAAUCAGACAAUUACCACCAAAUCUCAAUAAUUAGGACCACUGUUGAGGGAAACAGAUUGUCUUGAAUCUUAAGGCCGUAAUUGGUUGAAGAAACAGAGAAAGAUGUAUCAACAAAUUCAUAUGUAACAUGAGGCUGUCUAUCAUUAGUUCAGUUUCUUCCAAAUGCCGUGGAGCAUUUUCCAUCAUUUUGUGCUCAUUUCUCUUUCAGAUCCCAGCUCAUGAAGUUCCUUUUCCGCUAUAUUGCAUGCAUUCCAAUUCUUAUUUUAUCUUUUCUUCAGAAUAAGUUCACUUUAAUGAUGACUCCAUGCCUAGAACAUUGAAACUUACACCUUUACAUAUAACAUGAACCUUGGGAAUCGAUAUAAUGUGUCUGAAGGGUAAAAUAACAAUUACUUGUGUUUCUGCACAGCCCAUAGUAGUUUAAAUUCUAAGGCGGUGAAUCUGUGGAAUUUGUUGCUACGAGCGGCUAUGAAUGCCAAGACACUGGGUGUAUUUAAGGAAGGGAUAGAUAGAUUCUUGAUCAGUCAAGGCAUCAAAGGGUAUGAGAUGCAGAUGACUGUAAGAAUUGGAUAAGCACAUGAUUGAAUGGUGGAGCAGAUUCGAUGGGAAGAAUAGCCUACUUCUGCUUGUAUAUCUUAUGGUCUGUGUCCACGCUCUCAAAUACAAUCAUCGACGCUUUUGUCAGGAUCCUGCAGGAAAGGACGGAGAUUACAAAAGGAUCUGAUCCUUGAUCGUUAUACUUCAACUUAUAAGUAGGCAGCCUGAGCUUCUCCUUUGGCUGUUGCAUAAGGAUAAGGGAGCAGGUGAACAUUGUGAAUUAUCAGGGAAUUAUAUAUUGAUAAAUGUGGCUUCUGAAACAAAUGGUGAUUGGAACGCCCAACAUAUUUAAGAGCCAGCAAUUGGAGAGAGUCAGUGGGCAGAAGUGAGAAUUGUCAGUAUUACUGAGGAAAAUGUGUUUGUGAAGCUGGUGUAUCUCAAGGUUUCAGGUCACCUGGAGUUAAUGGACUACACCCCGGUGUUCUAAAACAGGUAGCCAAAUGGACCGUAGAGGCAUGAUUAGAGAUAUUUCAAGAACCACUAGAUUCGGGUAUGAUUCCAGAAAAAAACAGAGCAUUGCAAAUGCCAUUCCACACAUUAAGAAUGGGGGGAGAAAAAGGAUAGAAAAUUAUCAGCCAAGCAUACUUUCGGUGAUUGGAAAGAUGUUGAAGUCCAUUAUUGAGGAUGAGUUCUCGGUUUCUUGGAGGCACGUGAUAAAAUAAGGAGGUCAGUAUGGUUUCCUUCAGCAGAAAUAUUUAAAUUCUUUGAGGAUAUCACAGAUGAGAUAGACAGUGGAGUCAGUUUUAGGUGUCAGGAUUAUUGAGCAGGGAUCCAAUUGCAGACCCAGUGGUAUGCACACAGUGAUAUUGAUUGAGUAACAAAUCCCAAGGUGCAAACAAAGUCGGCGUCAAUGAUCAGGCAGAGAUCAAAACAUCCAGAGAAUUCUAAAACCUAGAAUUGGGAAACAGGCAGAGUUGAUAUUCAGACAGAGUACAGAUAUGAAUGCUGGAAAGGCUCAGGAAAGUUCACUGGCAUAAUCUGGCAACCAACAGGUGAAAAUGCACGACUGAAAUACAUUGAGCAAUAAACAGAGAGGCAGAUGAUAAGUGGAGCACAAUGAGACACAGGUGGCAGCAAUACAGGUAAUAAUGACGUACAGAUCGGCGACAGAGUACUCAGUAAUACAGAGGCUGGAGUAGAUCAGGAGCAUAUGGCAAUACAAACCACAGACUGGCAGCUAGUGGGAAACGCACAAAAAGACAGUGUGUAGCUGGAGGUACUGACAGGAUGUUGGUUGCAUAGAUAUUCUGAAGGCCUAUGAAAAGGCUUCCUACACGGGGAAGCUUAAGGUGAUCCGAGCAUAUUGAUUCCAGCAAAGAUAGCAGUAUGCAGGAAAGAUACCAGCAAGGAUAGUGGUAAUAAAGGCAACACUUUCUGGAUGGCUGUUUGUGACUUGUGUUCCGCCAGGGUUGUUUUGAGAACGCUACUUUUUCAAGUUUUCGGUUAAUAAUCUUAACGAUGGAAUUUUUGACUUUGUGGCAAAGACUGCGGACAAUGCGAAAAUAGGUGGAGGAACAAUUUAUGUUGUGGAAGUCAAGCCUGCAGAAAGACUCGGAAGGAUUAGGAAAAUGUGGAAAGGAAUGUCAGAUGGAAGGCAGUGUAUGGAAGUAAAUUGUCAUGUACUUGGGUAAAAGGAAUAAUGACAUAGACCAUUUAGCAAACUGUGAGAAAAUUUGGCAAUCAGAGGUUCAAAGGGACUCCUUAAUUCCUCAUGCUGAAAAUGACCCCAAAUGCUCCGGUAUCACAUCAAUCAUGACAGUAGAAAUAUUAAAUGCCAUUGAUAGAUGAUUGGACCUUGUUUUGCUGGAGAUAGUCAUUGCCAGGGAACUCCUGUUGUGAGUAUAUUGGUUUCUAUGGCCUAUGCAUUCUUUAAUGUCUUUGUGUAUGCAGAAGAGGCAUGCUUUAUUUCUUGGGAAAUCACAAAUGGAACUGAAGCUGCUGAAAAUUAUUCAGCACUUGUGAUUUUGAAAAAGGAUGAGAAUCAUUACAGAAACAGCUAAAUGUUAUUCAGCCCAGGAGACAGUUCUGAGGGAUCACUGCAAAAAUACCCUGGAGCUGAGGAUAUCGACUGCUGACCACCACAAGUGUUUUGUAAGGUCGGGGAGAUAGUGUCUUCGGUUUGCGUCCUGUUCACUUGUUUUAUGAAGCUGGUUGGCAUUCCGUCAAAGGCUAGAUUCACUUCUAGUGCCAUCAUCUUCUGGAUUCACUUCUUGUGCCAUCAUCUUCUAGAUUCUAUCAAUGGAAGUCAGAUUGUGACGAGAGAUUGUAUCGUUGGCCAUCUUCUAAAAUUCUUUAGAUCUGCAAACACACGAAAACCCAGUGCGUAACAAGUUUGACAGCAGCAUUUAUGGAAUCAAGGGGAAAAAAAAUAAACCUUUUAUUACAAAACAGUUGGUGUAGAGAAAAAGCUAAAAUCUGUUAUUUAGCAAACACAGAUAAAGCCAUAAGGGGACCUUACAAACUAUAUAUAAAGGGUGUGGAAAUAGUGUGCGAGGUUACAUAUAUAAAAUAAAAUAGCGAAAAUAGGUAACUGUCUGAACUACCAGCAUUUUGUGUGUUGUUGUUUGAAUUUCCAGCAUCUGCAGAUUUCCUCGUGUUAACUAUCUGAACUAUUAGAGUUAUAAAGUUAUAAACCAUGAAACAGGCCAUUCAGCUGAACUCCAUACUGACUUAGGAGCCAUUUGCCUGUGUUUGGCUAAUGUCUCCAGAAGUCUUUCAACAAACUGGGUUUCAGAUUGUUUAAAGUCAUUUUCAGUACAUAAGUAUAAAGGGGAAUGAAAUAGUUGUUAUUCUGGAUUGGAUGCAAAAUAAUAAAAUAACAUAAUAAUAUAAAGAAUAUAUUAAAACACAAACAAUAAAAUAUAAAUAUAUGACCGCACAUAUAACUGAUAUACAUAGAUAUAUUGUAUUUACAGAGUAAGUAAUUCAUAUAUUCCUUCCCAUUCUAAAAUUAAGGGACAUAAUUUCGGGGUGAAAUUUGCUGACAUGGAUCUUUUGACUGACUGGAAACAGACCAAGUGAUUUUCUUCUCUUCUCAGUGGCAGAUAUUUACUCUUGGGCCAGUGAAGGGAUUGGAGCUUUGGAACAGCUACUGACAAUCUAUAUAAGUCACCUGGCCAAGUGAACUAUAUUUAAACACUCCAUGUUCACAGAUGGCAGGGAGCUGGGAAUAGAACUAAAGAACAGUUGGAUGGGAUGAUAAUGAGCGAUAGAUUAAUUCAGGCAUAGCUGGAGUACUAUAUUUGUGAAACAAAUUUGCAUCCCCUGUUCACUCAGCUGUCAAUCUGUUAAUUUCCUGAAUCCAGCCCAGCAGAGGUAUCGUCGUCAUCUCCUGACAAUUCACCUUCAUUCCAUGUCUCCUCAUUGUCAUUUCACUUGCCAAUGAUGACAUCUCUCCCUGACCAGCCUGCCUUUGUUGAAACUACAUUCACUGGGAACCGCAGGAAUGAUACUACAUUGGUUGCAGUCAUCUCCUGCACAAUGGAAAACAAUCGUGUUCGUUAGCAUCAAUCAUUCCAGGCCGAGGACUUCUCUGCAGGAAUUUCUCACAUCCAUUCCUUGGGCUCAAACACCUAAAACUGACUUUUCUUUCACCGCAAGGUUCAAGGAGUGAUAUCACAAAUAUGAGAAAAUCAUAUGGCUGUUGCAUAUAGAGCAGUUAGCUUGGCUAUUUUUUAUGCAAAGUGCUGUGUGUUUUCAGCAUUGUCAGUUUUGGUUUCCAUGUUCAUUGUCUCCAGUAGUUUCUUCAGUUUUCGUCACAAUUCAAAUGGCACCAACCUAUCACACUCCCCAAACCUCACACACCACCAGCACAGUUUGUGGCUGGACUUGUACUCACCAGGACUUCAUCACCAUCCUUCUCAAAACAUCUAAUUAUAAAACCCAGGACUCUGGCUGUUAAAUUCUACUGCAAUACUGAGCCUUGGAAAUUCUACUUCAUGCUAAUCAAGGUUGUUGUUUAACAGGACUGCUGUCAUAGCAAUUCCUACAAGUAUUCAUAAUUUUAAUUCUGUCUGCAGAAAACGCCUAUUGAUCGUAUCUGAUCUCGGGACCUCUAUACUCAAUAAAGCUGAACUAACAGAAUUAUUUUGGGCCAUUCUGAGGGCAGUUUUUCAACUGAUAACAUUCUCUCUUCAGGAAUUCGGUAUAGCCUGCUGAACAUUCCCAGGGUUCCUUGGUCCUCCCUUUCAAAUUAAAGAAGUUCGUAGAAUCAAGCAGAGGGCAAAAGUCACCAAGAGCAUCAGUGGGUUUGGGGUGACUGAGAACUUCGCUUAUAAACUGCUUCACCCUGACACAAGGUCUCAGACGACAGACCCACAGGCCAAGGAGUAGAUGAUGAGAAUAAAAACUGCACCAGUUUCCUGCUAUAGACCAUUGGCCACUAGAUACCGUCCCUUCUGAACAUGGAACAUAGAACAAAACAUUGUGGAACAUAGAACAAAACAUUGAACUACAGCACAGGACAAGACGGUUCAGCCCGCCAUGUCGUGCAGAACCAACUGAGAAGUAAAUCAAUAAAUCCCCACAAAGUAAUCCUUGAUACGGACGCAAUCACAUUUAACCCUCCCAUCUCCUCUGAAUUUACACCCUCUCACCUCCAAUGCCCUCAGUUAUUUGAGAUUUCUAUCCUGGGGGGGGGGGGGGGGGACCCAUCUCUGCUCGAUUUGCAUAAUCAUAUAAUCUUACAAAUCUCUGGCAGAUCUGUCCUCGGCCUCCACCGAUCCAAAGAAAACCACCCAAGUUUGUCAAGCCUCUCCUAAUAGCAUGUCUAAACCACACAGCAAGCAGGGUGGUUUCUGCACCCUCUUUACUACUUCAAUAUUCUCCCUAUAUUGGAGCGAGCAUAACUGUAUGUAAUGCUUCAGAUGCUGCAUAACCAGGGUCUUUUUAAAUUACCUUGUGACAUUACCUCAAGGCCUCAAUAAAAGCAAACAUUCUAUAAGCAUUGUUAACCAUAUGAUCAACCUGUGUAGCUACAAACGUGGGCCCCAAGACCGCUCAGGAACACUGUUAACAAUCUUGCCAUAAACUGAUUACAGUCUCCUCAUAUUUCUGCAACCAAGGUGUAACACAUUUAUCUGGGCUGAGCUCCAUCUGACAUUUCUCUGCCCAUAUCUGCAACUGAUCGAAAUCACGCAGAAGCCCUAGCACAGAUCCCUGCAGAAAACUCUUAACUACAGACCUUGAUCUCAAAUAAGUCUCUUCAAUUACUACUCACUGUCUUUUAUGCGCAAUCAGUUCUGAAUCUAAACAGCCAAUUCACUGAGGACCACAUACAUACUGAUAGUCAGUAUCGGUCUCCUGAGAGGGACUUAGUUAUACACCUUAGUAAAAUCCAUGUAGUCAACAUCUGCUGCUGUACCUUCAUCACUCUCUUUCGUCACUUUGUCAAUUGGAUUGCUAAGUUAUGGCCUGCCCGACUCGAAACCAAUCUGGCUCUUCCUUAAUAGGAUAUAGGUUUCCACAUGCUCCUAUAUCUAAGAAUUUUUUCCAGCAAUUUCAGUACAACUGACAUGAGACUUAUUUGUAGUUCCCAGGAUUUUCUUUUGUUCCCUUCUUAAAUAGAGGCAUUCACCAACCUAUGGGACCUUAUCUGAGCCUAAAGUGGAAAUGAGCAGAUGGGUCAGGGACCCAGCAAUCCUCUUUCCUGCUCCCUUCAAUAACCUGGGGUAAAUUCCAUCAGGCCCUAGGGAUUUAUCUAGCUUAAUACUCAUUAGGAAAUCCUAGAUUUCCUCUUUUUUGAACUCCAAACACCCUAACAUAUUUAUGCAUGCAGCACUGAUCUCUGGACCUGUAUAUCCUUUUCCUUGGUAAAUACUGAAGCAAAUUACUUAUUAAGUAUUUUACUCACAUUCUCCACCUACAAGCAAAUGUUACCUUUUAUCAUUGAGUGGUCCUAACCUCUCCAUAAUUAUCCUUUUGUUCUUGAUGUAUCAAUAGAGUGACACAUUAAUUCUACUUGCUGAGGACUUUUCAUGGCUCCUCUUGGCUUUCAUAAUUUCAUUUUAGUGUUUUUUCCCCCUCUGGCUUCUUUAUCAUCCUCAUGUACUUCGUUUUAUCCUGAUUUCCGAAGAUUAAUAUAUUUUCCUUUUUCUUCUUGACUAAAUUUAUCAACUCUCCUGAUGUCUUAAGCUUCUCUUAUUUUUCCAUCCCUUGACUUUCUUUUAACAGCAACAUUCUUUUCCUGUACCGAUCAUUAAACACUCUUCCAUUGUCUGAUGUUGAUUUGUCAGAGAAAAGGUGUUCCCAAUGAACCCUUCUUAGUUUCGCCUAAUGCCCUCCUAAUUUGCCUUAUCGAAUUUAAGGCUCUCCUAUCCUUAUCAAUAGCUAUCCUGAAAGCAAAGAAGUUGUGGUCACUGUCGCUUAACUCCUCACCCACAAAGAGGUCUGCCACCUUGAUAGGCCCAUUACCCAAUAUUAGGUGGUAUACAGGUACAAUCCCAUCAGAUUGACUAGAGCCUUCCUGUUCUUGAGUCUUACCCAAUUGAGUGCAGCUGUGAUAUUGUCCUGAUUAGUUGUGCAAAUUUCUCCUCAUUUGCCUCCUCCUCUAACUUUUCUGAAACUUCGAACGCCUGUUUUAAUUAAUCGUCCAUUAUUGCCCAUCUCUCAUCACUAUUACCCAUAACAUGCCCUUCAAAUUAUCUGGAUCAUCAUACCUAUUUAUUUGAUUCUUCCUAUUCCAUACUUUCCCUGACAUCUCCCUUCAUGUCCGAUCCUUCACUCACUGACCUCGUUUUCUGAUUUCCAGCCCUCUGCAAAAAUAAGUUAAACCCAUCUCAGUAGCAUUAACAAACCUUUCAGCCAGUGUACUUGUUCCCUUCCAGUUCAGGUAUAGGUCAACCUUUGCCCAGAAAAGAUUCCAUUGAUAGAAGAAAUUGAAACGCUGCCCCCUGUUGCAUAUCCUAAACCACUCUUUCAUUUCUGCUGCCACCCAUUCCUACCUCAUCUCCAAUGCCUCAACAGCCUUCCUAUAGCAGGGUGAGCAGAACUGUAUGCAAUACAUCAGAUGUAGUCUAAAAGUCUUUUUAAAGUUGCCACAUAAUAUCUUGAUGUUUGAACUCAAUAACUCAACUAAUAAAAGCAAGCAUUCCUUACCACAUAAGUAACACAUGCAGCCUCUUUCAAGGAGCUUUCAAGUCACUUUCUUGGACCCCCAAGAUCAUUCUGCUCACUAGGAGUAAUCCUGAGAUUACUAAUUGAAGGUCCUUCUCUUCUAACUCUUUCCUACCUCUAUAUACACUGUUACUCACUUCUUCCCCCUUUUUACCUGCAAACCGGAAGGUAAGAUUGAUAUUUGAGAUUUUUGAAGAGUCGUGAUUGUCACAGGUGGAUGAAUAAUAGGAAACAUUUCCAUUUAAACCUGCAGUGUACACAUCUAUGCAGAAGUGAGGCGAUGCGAGCAGAGGAUUUUUUUUGUCAAGUACCCCACCCCCUCCCCCCCAACCUCUAUCUGAAAGAUAUUCAGAUCUAUACUUCCAUCUGUCUUCUGGGAAAAACAGAAGUUACAGAGACACAGACACGAUUAGGAAAUCACCUAUAAAGCACAUAUAACGGGUCUUAAUGACAACUUUCAUAACACUGUUAUAACUCUAGCAGGAGAUGAUGUACUAUUGGGUUCACAGCCUACCAUCUAAUGAUCUUGUACCUAAUGAUUUAGCUUUCUCUGCAGCUGUUAUACUUUAUUUUAUUACUAUUUCAGCUCGUACUACCACAAGGCACUGGAUUCUUUUAUUUUACCCAGUAGAUUAAUACACCAACAAGAGGGGCGGCCUACCUAGAUCUGAUAUUCUGUAACAAUCAGGAUAAAAUUUUGAAUACGGAUGUUGUUGAGGCCUUUGGAGCAAGUGACGUUAACAUUGUUAGUCACAAAGUAUUUUAGGGAUGUGUAUUAGUGAAAUCCAAAACCAUUAAAUUGAAUUUCAGAAAGGCAAGUUUGUGCAGAUGUGGCAAAGGCUUCAGUAGGUAAACUGGAAGGAAAUGGUUUAUCAUAAGUCAGUUGAAGAACAAUGGGGUCAAUAUAAAGAGGUAUACACGCAGUGCAGGAAAUGUUCAUACCCAAGGUCGGGGGAAGCAAUGAAAAACGAGCUAAAUGGUUGAAUGAAGAUGUACUAAGGUGAGAUAUUGGGUGCAGAAUUGGCUCAAAAUCAGAAAACAACAGGUAACGCUGAGAGGAUCAUUUCCACAGCUGCAGAUGUUAAAAGAGGGGUUAUGCAGUGAUCAGUUCUGGAGCCGCUGCUGUUCUUAAUUUACAUUAAUGAUUUGGAUAAGCAAAUAACAAAUAAACUAGUUAAGUUUGCAGAUGACAGAAAAUAAGGGGAUCGGGCUGAUACUGCUUAGCUAGCAGAAUCAAUACAGGUAGAUAUAAGCAAAAUCCAGAUGUGGGCAGGUACAUGGCAGAUGAAAUUCAGUGGAAUUUCAUCUAAAGUAUUACAUAUAGCAAAGAAUAUUAGUUGUAAAGCUGAAAUGUGGAGUCUUGAGUAGGAAGGUACACUGUAUGAGAAGGAUUUGGGCAUCUGAAUAGAUAUCACUAUCAACAUGCACAGAAGCAAAAAGGAAGGCUAAUAGAAUGUUGGACUAUACAAUGCACUCAGUGAAGUUCAUGUCCAGAGACGUUCUCCUUUAGCUGUAUAAUGCACAUGUGAGGCCAUACUUUGAGUACUAUGAACGAUUUUGGUCUCCAUAUUUUGUGAGGGAUGUACAGGAAAAGUGAAUGAUGUGAUGGAGAGUUCAGAGAAUGGCGACUAGACACACCCCAAGUGAGCAAUGCAAAAAUAUUGAAAACAAUCAAAUCAUUUUAACCAUAUAACAAUUACAGCAUGGAAACAGGCUAUCUCGGCCUUUCUAGUCUGUGCCAAAUGCCUGCUCUCACCUAGUCCCACCGACCCGCACUCAGCCCAUAACCUUCCAUUCCUUUCCUGUCCAUAUACCUAUCCAAUUUUACUUUAAAUGACAAUAUCGAACCUGCCUCUACCACUUCUACUGGAAGCUCGUUCCACACAGCUACCACUCUAUGAGUAAAGAAGUUCCCUCUUGUGUUACCCCUAAACUACCCCUAAAUCUCAACUCAUGUCCUCUUGUUUGAAUCUCCCCUACUCUCAAUGGAAAAAGCCUAUCAACGUCAACUCUAUCUAUCCCCCUCAUAAUUUUAAAUACCUCUGUCAAGUCCCACCUCCUUCUACGCUCCAAAGAAUAAAGACCUAACUUGUUCAACCUUUCUCUGUAACUUAGGUGCUGAAACCCAGGUAACAUUCUAGUAAAUCUUCUCUGUACUCUCUCUAUUUUGUUGACAUCUUUCCUAUAAUUCGGUGACCAGAACUGUACACAAUACUCCAAAUCUGGCCUUACCAAUGCCUUAUACAAUUUUAACAUUACAUCCCAACUCCUGUACUCAUACCAAAAGCUUUCUUCACAACCCUAUCCACAUGAGAUUCCACCUUCAGGGAACUGCACCAUUAUGCCUAGAUCACUCUGUUCUACUGUAUUCCUCAAUGCCCUACCAUUUACCAUGUAUGCCCUAUUUUGAUUAGUCCUACCAAAAUGUAGCACCUCACACUUAUCAGCAUUAAACUUCAUCUGCUAUCUUUCAGCACACUCUUCUAACUGGCCUAAAUCUCUCUGCAAACUUUGAAACCCUACUUCAUUAUCCACAAUGCCACCUAUCUUAGUGUAAUCUGCAUACUUACAAAUCCAAUUUACCACCCCAUCAUCCAGAUCAUUAAUGUAUAUGACAGACAACACUGGACCUAGUACAGAUCCCUGAGGCACACCACUAGUCACCGGUCUACUCUGGCAUCUUCCGUCCAGCCACUGUUGAUCCAUUUUACUACUUCAAUAUUAAUACCUAAUGAUUGAACCUUCCUAACCAACCUUCUGUGUGAAACCAUGUCAAAGGCCUUACUGAAGUCCAUAUAGACAACAUCCACUGCUUUACUCUCGUCAACUUUCCUCGUAAACUCUUCAAAAACUUCAAUAAGGUUUGUCAAACAUAACCUUCCGCGCACAAAUCCAUGCUGACUGCACCUAAUCAGACCCUGUCUAUCCAGAUAAUUAUAUAUACCAUCUCUAAGAAUACUUUCCAUUAAUUUACCCACCACUGACGUCAAACUUAUAGGCUUAUAAUUGCUAGGUUUACUCUUGGAACCCUUUUUAAACAGUGGAAUAACAUGAGCAGUAUGCCAAUCCUCCGGCACCAUCCCUGUUUCUAAUGAUAUUUGUAAUAUUUCUCUCAGUGCCCCUCCUAUUUCUACACUAAAUUCCCUCAAGGUCCCAGUGAACAUCCAGUCAGGACCUGGAGACUUACCCAGUUUUAUAUUCCUUAAAAACGCCAGUACUUCCUCUUCUUUAAUCAUCAUAGUUUCCAUAACUUUCCUACUCGUUUCCCUUACCUUACACAAUUCAAUAUGCUUCUCAGUUAAUACCGAAGAAAAGAAAUUGUUCAAAAUCUCCCCCAUCUCUUUUGGCUCCACACAUAGCUGUCCACUCUGAUUCUCUCACUAUCCCUUUUAGCCUAAGCUGACAGAGAAUGAGAGCAGAUAGGUAGAAGUUUUCAAAAUCAUUAAGGCUAUUGGUAAGGUGGAUAACUACUGCUUCUUCAAAAUCAAUCCAUCAACAAAGACACAGGGCCAUAGGUGGUGAAUGGUUAAAUGGAGAUUUCAGGUUAACAUCAGGAAACUUUUUUUAAUGCAAAGACCCAUGGACACUUUCUACAACCUGUAAAAACCUUGGCUCCAAUGACGAACAUAUUAAAUGGCGACAAUACUGGAACAGCAACACGGGAUCUGAACAAUGACCACACCUCACUCCUCCCAGGCAAUAACUCAGCUGCCAUGAAAAACUCGACCUUUGCAAAUGGACUCAGAAGUUGACAUACCAAACAUCAGAAACACUACACCGAUUGGGCACCUGACAACCCCCAGCUUGCCCCACUGGUUUUCCAACAUGGGACAUCCUACACCUGCUCCAGACAUGUCUGGUCACCGUCAGAGACGCCUUUGCCACAGUUUAUGGAUGUGGCCACGAGCUAGAGGAGUGGCUUGACAAAUAGAAAUGUGAAGAGAAAUACACCUGCCAGAGGAAAAGUAUGUGCUGAGAACAAAUGGUCUGAAUCCAAUAGACUAUAUGAAUAAUGAGUUGUGUGCAUGGACAUUGUAGACUGACAGUCCCAUUUCAGAAACAACUAAUCCACAUAACAAGCAUCAUUCAGACUGGCACGAUGUAUCAACUACAGGUAGCUUAAAUAUUUCUGCAAAAUGUAUUUGAAAAAAAAGCACAAAAAUAAUUAUAUAUGAUUCAAAGCCACACUCUGGCAGCAAAAUGCAAAAAGAAUUAUGAAAUCUACAUUGUCUCACUGUACCAGAAACUGGAAUUUACACAAAUAACGCUACUCUAUCAAUUUGUAUCAUAGACAGGUACAGAAUGAACCCCACACUCUCACACUGACCCAGAGACUAACAGGUACAGAAUGAAUACCACAUUCUCACUCUAUGCCGGAUACUGGCAGGUACAGAAUGAACCCCACACUCUCAAACUGUACCAGACACUGACAGGUACAGAAUGAUUCCAACCCACUCACACUGUACCAGAGGCUGACAGGUACACAACGAACCCCACACUCUCACACUGUACCGGAGACUGACAGGUACAGACUGAAUCCCAUACUCACACAUGGUACCAUAGAUUGACAGGUGGAGAAUAAAACCCCCAGUCUCACACUACAUCAUAAACUGACAGGUAAAUAAUUAAUCCCACACAUUCACGCUGUAUCAGAAACUGACAGGUACAGAAUGAACCCCACCCCCUCACACUGUACUCGAGACUGAGAGGUACAAAAUGAUCCCCACACUCUCACUCUAUACCAGAGAAUGAACCACACACACUUAUACUGUACCAGCGACUGCCAGGUACAGAACGAACCCCACACACACUGUACCCGAGAUUAAUAGGUACAAAUCGAACUCCAUGCUCUUACACUGUGCCAGAGACUGACAGGGGAAGAAUAUACACCACACACUCACACUGUACCAGAGUCUAACAGGUAUAGAAUGAACCGUACAUUCUCACACUGUACCAGAUACUGAGAGGUAUAGAAUGAACAGACAUUCUCACACUGUACCAGAUACUGACAGGUACAGGAUGAACACCACAUUCUCAACCUCUUGCAGAAACGAGGAGAUACAGAAAGAAUAUGACAAUGCACACUCUAGGAAUCUCUCUCUCUCUCUCUCCCUCUCCCUCUCCCUCUCUCCCUCUCUCUCCCCCUCCCCCCCUCUCUCUCU